AUGUCUGAUCUCGACGAGGAUAUUGCAUUGCCAUUCAAUUUAAUCGAUUCAAGCGACGAUGACGAUGUAGUUGAAAUUGUUAAACCAUCUAAUAAUCGCGCAUCCUCUUCCGCCACUCACAAGAAAACCCCUGCACUCCCCAAAUUGACGACUACCAAAAGGCCUCAACGCAACGAUGAGGUCCUUGUGCUGGAUACGACAAUAGAUGUAGAAGAUACCGACACUACCACCGAAUCCGAGUCCGAAAAUGAGACUCUGGGGCUCAAGGUGGUUGUAAACUCUCCAGAGAAGGGAAAGUCAUCGGGGUUAUCUUCCAUGAAUACCAACAACGGAAAUUCUGGAGCUGAGUUGGGGUCGACCCUUGAUCCCCCUACUAUGGCAGUUUUGUCCCCUAUGGCUGCAUUCCGAGCGGAGCGAAUAAAAAUGGAGCAAGAACGACUUGCUCGGUUGAAAAGGACUCGCCCGGCGUCACCCCCCGCAGGUAAUGACACCAAUGAAGACGAUGGUGAAGACGAUGAAAGACCUUCCAAAAGACCAUCUCCUGUUCAUACUCCCGACUCUUCGGCUGGAUCCUCGAGUUCUUAUGGUGGUUCAUUUAAUGUACCUGAUAGAUCAGGCUUAUUCUGGCAUGGUGCCCUUCGGCAAACUGCUAACAAGCAUAUCACCCCAGCACAGGACAAGCAACCAAUAUUUCGACUUACGACAGACAUUAUACCUCCCCCACCUGCUCCUUCAUCUACCUCUUCCGAGUCCCGAAAUGCGCUUUCCUUCGUUAUUGUCUCUAGUUAUGCUCUCGAACUUCCUUGGCUAUAUCAGCUAUUUCCCCCGGAUGUUCCCGUGAUCGUUAUUGCUCAGCCUGGUCAAGAUGGCCGCGCAGAGGUUCACCAUGCACUACCCGGCUGGGUUCGCGCUUCCCCAAAACUCGAAGGUGGGAGAGGAUGUAUGCAUGUCAAGUUAUUAUUGUUAUUUUACAAGACUGGGCGUCUUCGGGUCGUUAUACCUACCGCCAACUUCGUACCCCAUGACUGGCGGGACAUUGAGAACAGCGUUUGGUUACAGGACAUACCACUUCGAAAUGGCCCAGCACCUGCCAUGGACCAAACUGCCAAAGGGGGUUCCGCGACCGAGGGGUUUGCCAAGCGAUUGGAACGUGUGCUCAAGGCACUAAACGUUGCACCAGCACUUGAAGCGCACUUGAUAGACCAACAGGCUAGUGGAGACGUCCGAUUGCCCCUUAGAGCGAUUGAUGAAUUACAUUCCAGGUGGGACUGGUCACGCGUGACAGCACAUCUAGUUCCUAGUGUUGCAGGAAAGCAUGCGGGUUGGCCUUCUGUUCUUAACGUGGGGCACGUUGCGCUUAUGAAGGCCGUACGGGACAUGGGAGCUGCGAGUGAUAGUGUUUCCAUCGAGUGCCAGGGAUCGUCUAUUGGAACUUAUUCAACGUCAUGGACCAAUGAAUUUAUGUCUUCAGCAAAGGGUGUCUCGCCGGACACCUACCUUGACACUCCUAAAUCCAGACGUUCCAAGGCUCCCCACCCACCCGGUCUCAAGAUAAUUUUCCCGAGUUUACGAACUGUGGACGAGAGUAUCUUGGGAAGAUCUGGCGGGGGUACAAUGUUUUGCCAGCGUAAACAGUGGGAUGCCUCUACGUUCCCCAAGAAGCACUUUUAUGAUAGCAACUCGAAGAGGGGGAAAGUACUGAUGCAUUCUAAGAUGAUAUUGGGCAUCCCGGCUGACAAAGAGACUGGGUCUGAUAAACCUAAAGCGUGGUUAUAUGUCGGGAGUCACAACUUUACUCCAUCUGCGUGGGGCACUCUCUCUGGAAGUGGAUUUAACCCAUCCAUCCAUAUGACUAAUUACGAGCUCGGCGUUGUGUUACCUCUCGAAAGCGUCACACAAGGAGAUAAAUUGGCGUGCUGGAAAAGACCUCCUCGACAAUAUGUCGAAGGUGUAGAUGUUCCUUGGAUGCAAAACGAGUAUUUGCGUGGAUGA